AUGGCGACCAGCUCGGAGCGUAGCCCUCCACCGUUCCCGGACUCCGGGGACGUCGCAGGCCGUGGCAGCGAUGAAGACGACGCCGACGAGCUCUUCAUGAGUGUGAAUAACUCCUCACUUAGUGAGACGCCGUCAGCCAGUCAGCCCAGCGAUGAAUUGAUCACUCCUUCCAGCGACACCGCGACCGACCCCAUCAGCAGCGGGUCGGGAUCCAAAACGCCGAGCGAGCGCUCCGACGAGAUCGAAGACAACUGGAUGAGUCCUUCCGUAUCGGUGGGAUCCAAAGGGGAGGAAAAGGCCUUUGGUCAAAACCCACUCAACGAUGAUUUCGUUGACAUACUGGGAAGCGAAACUGAACCGCAACAGGAAAUAGUAACGGGGGAUGUGAGUGAAAGCCAGCCGCCUGACGUCGAUGACUCAAAAGAGGAAGUUAAAGAAACGGCGCCGCUUUUAGAUAUCGGUUUAUCUGAGGACCCCGCACCACAUCCAGUUAACAAAGUGGCGGACCCUCUUGCAGACUUCUUUGACGAUCCUCCACCCGUAACAAGCCAGAAGCAGAGCUCCGCCGCCGCGGAUCUGUUCGAAGAUGAAGGUAGCGACUUAUUCGCCGACCCGCUGGCGAUCAAACCUGCCAAGCCGCCUCAGAAGAGUCUUUUCGACGAGCCUGACGAGGAUAUUUUCGGAGAGACGACGGGUGCCAAGAAAGACGAGCCUCUAGCUGAAAAGUCCCCAAGCGGAGCUCCCCAGCCGGAUCGUGACCAAGGUGACAUCUUCAAAGAGGAAGCCAUCCCACCUAGCAACACCUCACGUAUCAACUCAAAAACAAACGGAGUCCACGUGGAAGAAAGCACUGAUAUAUUUGCUGAUGCCACAGUGGAGCUCUCGCUGGACAGUCCUCAGAACGAGAGGAAGAAGGAACCCGCCGCCAAACCUUCCAUGUCGACGCCUGUCGUUUCAAACGUUGCCGCUGUGGCCAAGCCAUCCCCACCGUCAGCUGUGCUGGAGGAACUGGAUGAAGAGGAGGAGUCGGAGCUUGAGGACAAAUUCGACAUCAACAUUGCAAUUAGCGAUCCAGAAAAAAUAGGGGAUGGAAUGACCGCCUAUAUGGCCUACAAAGUGUCCACUCAGACCACAAUGUCUAUGUUCCGCAACAAGACCUUCACGGUACGCCGGCGCUUCAGCGACUUCCUGGGCCUGUACGAGAAGCUCUCUGAGAAGCACGGACCCAACGGUUUCAUCGUGCCGCCUCCGCCAGAGAAGAGCAUUCUGGGUAUGACCAAGGUUAAAGUGGGGAAAGAGGACUCGUCUUCCGCGGACUUUCUUGAAAGAAGAAGAGGCGCUCUGGAAAGAUAUCUUCAGAGGGUGGUCACUCACCCUUCGCUUAUUCAAGACCCUGAUGUGCGGGAGUUCCUGGAGAGAGACGAAUUGCCCAGAGCUGUGAGCACGCAAGCUCUAAGCGGCGCCGGCUUCCUGAAAAUGAUCAACAAAGCGACAGACGCCGUCAGCAAAAUGACCAUCAAGAUGAACGAGUCAGACGUGUGGUUCGAGGACAAACUGCAGGAAGUAGAGUCUGCUGACCAACACUUCCGGAAGCUCCACGCUCUGGUGGAGUCGCUCGUCGUUCACAGGAAAGAGCUUUCCGCAAACACGGCGAGCUUCGCCAAGAGCGCCGCCAUGCUGGGCAGCGCCGAGGACAACACGGCACUGUCGCGAGCGCUCUCGCAGUUGGCCGAAGUGGAGGACAAGAUGGAGCAGCUGCAUCACGACCAGGCGGCCAACGAUACCUUCGGCUUCGCCGAGCUCAUCGCCGAUUUCAUACGACUGCUCGGCGCCGUCAGAAGCUCAUUUGACCAGCGUAUGAAGGCGUGGCAACGCUGGCAGGACGCACAGAGCGCGCUGCAAAAGAGGCGAGAAACUGAGGCUAAACUGCAGUGGGCCAACAAACCCGACAAGCUGCAGCAGGCCAAAGAGGAGAUUGUGGAGUGGGAGGCCAAAGUCACGCAGUACGAGCAAGACUUUGACAGAGUGUCGGCCACCGUACGCAAGGAAGUGCUACGCUUCGAGAAGGAAAAGGCGAGAAAUUUCAAAAGACAGAUCAUUAAAUAUCUGGAGAAUCUGCUCAAGUCCCAGCAACAGCUGAUCAAGUACUGGGAGGCCUUUUUACCCGAAGCCAAAGCCAUCGCCUGA